AUGUCGCGUGGGCCGCGCACCGCCGCGACCGCGGGCUUUCCGGCGCCGAAGACGGGCAGCGUUUGGCCGGCAGCGGGCGCUCAGCGGCAGAGGUCCCACAUAGCUCCCGUGCCGGCCGCGCGUGCCGCGGCCGCCACGGCCGCUUUCUUUUCCGUGGGAGUCCUGGCUGGGAGGCACCGCCGCUGCCGUUCACCGCUCCGAAGAGACGCCCUGUCACGGCCCGUGACGGCAGAACUCAGCAAAGAGCUUCGGGAGGUCUUUGAACUGGCCGACGCAGACGAGAACGGCAAGAUCUCGCCGCAGGAGCUUCUCAGCGCCCUACGGGUCCUGGGCAUCAGCACGGAGAUCGGUCGUGUGCGCCAGGUCGUCCGAGAUCUUGACCGAGACGGAGACGGUGAGAUCAAUUUCGAUGAGUUCGUGGGAGCCACUGGUAGUUCGCACAGCGACCUCAUCCUUCGCGCCGUGAAUCGGGGACGUUUUCUCUCCCGUUGGAGUGCUUUGCUCUUUGAAUGCGACGAAACCGAUACACGCAGCGUGAAGCAGUGGGCGAAGGCGGCUCGCAGCCUGGAACGUCUGACGGAUUCAGAUAUGAGUCGCUUGUUGGAUGACAGACUAUCUCCAACGAACGUGGUUUUCGCUGGUAGUUUCGAAGAAGAGGAGGCUAAGCCACAAGAGCUGCAAGAAAUUCCGCACAGCUGGAGUGAGAAUUAUUGGCCAUCUGGCCCCAUUGCACGUACAGGACACUUGGCGCAGUUGUUCCUCUGCGAGGUGGCGAUUGUGCUACUUUCUUGGAAGUUCUCGGCCUUCUUUGUGAGUCGUUUGCUGCGUCGCCGGCUCGUGGUCGUUUGCUUGAAACCACUUUUGACUGGCCGAUUUCUGACGCUUCUUUUUCGACACCGACGGGCUAGGAGGGCGAUGUUGGUGUUUCUUCGUACAGAAGGAGUGGAACAUGGCGUCGUCAAUGUGCUUUACCUUGACACAGCCUUGGUCGAACUCUGUCGAGAGCAGGAUACUGCUGAGAUCCUUCUUCAGAUCGUGGGGCGUCGGGGCAUGGGCUCCUUCCUGCGACGUUUCAUCGUGGCCGUGCCUCCAGACCUCAUCAGGCGGUUUCUGCAACACAAGGCCACUGCCAAGCUGGUGGCGCAGGUUGUGCUGAAGACGAAGGCCGAAGCCUCUGCCGCCUGGGCCCACCGCCGGCGCCAGCAGCUGCCUGCGGCCGUGUGUCGCGCCUGUCGCGUGCCCGGCGCGGAGCUCUGGGCCAUGAAUUUCUGUGCUACUCCUGGCAUCGACCAAUGGUUAGGGGAGCUGCUGAACGAUCCACGCGGCGCUGGCUUCGCGAAGCGCUUGCUGUUACAAGACGGCUUUCUGGACAAGGUGGCGGAUUUCUUGAGCCUUUCCGAGGCGCGCCGCUUCGUGCUGCGCCUGCUGCGGCAGCCCGGGGUCUAUCGCUUUGUGACGUGGCUCAACAGGGACAAGGAAAUGCAGAAGUGGUUCGCGCGCAUCGCCAAGCGUGAGGAUGUGAUGCUCUUUAUCACCGAGAUGUUACAAGAGCCAGGUCUGGAUAAGUUCAUUGUGAAGUUGCUGCUGCGUCGCGGCAAUGACAAAGCCUUGCGAUCCAUGUUGGACUUCUGGGUCCACACCGAGGGAUCCUUCGCCUCCGUCUUCGGGUCCUUCUCCAAGAAACCAGGAGUGGACCGAGCCUUAGCACGGGUGGUCAUCAGUCCAGGCUUCCUCGAUGGUUUUGUCUUCAGGAAAUUCCUGUGGCAAGAGGGUCUGGCCAACUUGGCUCUUGAAGCGGCCGCCUUGGUUGGCGUGCGCGGUCUGGUCGACACAGUCCUACCCUUGGCCUUUGGCGUGGUUUUGGCCAUCGUGGCCUUCUACUUCCAAGGCGUCUUUCGCGAGCUGGACUUUGGAAGCCUGGACUUCGGAAGUCUGGAGCCUUUCCUAGGUGCAGCAGUGGAAGAGGUGAGCUUUUUGGACUUCGUGGUGCCUUUUGUAGCUGGCCUGGUUUCAGCUGGUAGCUUCUACCAAGUGAGGAAGGAAAGAAGGUCCGGGCGUCUGCCCAAAAAAGGCGUCGGCCGGCGAAGGUUAACAUGUUUGGAACAUGUUUGGUACAAUGUAGUGCCCCCUGCUUACAGGUUUAUCUUAUCAAUCCAUCUGACUACGCUUACAAUCACCAAUAAGCUACUGAGAAAUCAUUUCGUAUGUUUGGUAAUGGCAUGUGAUCAUGAUCUGAAACUCUCCACUUAA